AUGAUCACCAUGCUCUUCACUGGACUUCGCACAGGCAAAGCCAAUGGAUUCUCAUCCCUCUGCUUUCCACAGAGGCUUUGGAGAAUGGUGGAGAGCGACCAGUUUCGGUCCAUUUGGUGGAGCGAGGGUGGAAAAUGCGUGGCCAUCAACGAAGAACUCUUCAAAGAGGAGGUGCUGGGCAGGGGAGGACCUCUGCGGGUUUUUGCCACGCAGAGCAUGAAGAGUUUCCUCCGGCAGAUGAACCUCUACGGAUUCACCAAAACGCAGCAGGAUUUCCAACGAUCUGCCUCCCUGCCUGAAUUCCUGGCAGAAGAAGCAGCAGCUUCUGCUCACAGCCAGCUUUUAUGCUUCUACUAUAGCCCUAACUUUAAGAGGGACCAUCUCCAGCUGCUGGAAAGGUGCAAGCUAAGAUCCCAAUGCACCCAGGAAAGCGGUUAUUGCCGGUAA